AUGACAUGGGGGUGAGUAAAUUAUCAGGAAAUUUUUAAUUUGAAAGUAAACUAAUCCUUUAACCAUUCUCUUGUCUUGAAUCCAAAUUCGUAUCCAAACCAAAGCACAUUAUACUGUAGUAUGGAGGUCCAAUGUAAAUUUAAUAUAAUUGGAACCCAUUACAAAAAUGUACUGCGGUGGUACCAUGGUACUGAAUAAUUACUAUAUGCCAUUGUAUUUACAUGGUGCUGAAAAGUACUUUAAAAAAUACCAAAAGCGUGAGUGUUUAUUUUAUUGAUGAGAGCUUGCUUAACAGGCAGCAAGUAUAUACCAAAUAUAUAGUAUAUAAAUAUAUACCAUGGUAUAUAUUUUAGGGUAGUCGGUGUAUGAAUGAAUAUUUUUAUUUAAGUGUCAUGCACUCAUGGUGCCCAGCCCGCAUGGGCUUAUAUGACACUAUCCAGUCAUUAGGAAAAAUGUCCAUCAAAAUUGUAUUAUAUACAAUAAAACAAAAUAAUAAGCCACAACUUCCUGACAUAAUCACAACUAAAUCACCUCAUCUCAGGAUACAAAGUCUUUUGUCUUAAUAAAUAAUUGGUGUAAAUAAUAGGGCCUACACUUCAGUCUUUGCACAUUUUGAGACUCUUCCACUGAAGAAAAGUUCUUGGGGGUGUGGUCCUCACACCCUUACAAACAUUUACCAUAGUUAUUUCAAAGUGAUUGUAUGUUUUUGUUAGUGUUUAGUCUAACUUUAUAAGUAACUUUUAUCUUUUUUCGACAACUGUAGCCUACUUACCAUUCCGAAUUGCUCAAGUUUCAACCGGCCCUCGACCUCCAUCUCCUCACGUCUCUGGUCUCAUGCUCGACUGACGAGUCACAAGUUGAGUUUUUCUCUCCGCGGGGCGUUUCUGUUUCUUCCCUCAUAGUCUCACUGCAGAUCACACGCGUCCAUGUUCGGCUUCAUCUCACGCAAACAUGCAGAACCAUCACCUGAAGGAACACCUGUAUAAAAUCCUGGUGAUCGGGGAUCUGGGUGUGGGGAAAACCAGCAUCAUCAAGCGCUACGUGCACCAGAACUUCUCACCAAACUACCGCGCGACGAUCGGCGUGGAUUUCGCGCUCAAAGUUAUGAACCUCGAGCAGGAGACCGUCCGACUGCAGCUCUGGGACAUCGCCGGCCAGGAGCGUUUCGGGAACAUGACGCGGGUGUAUUAUCGAGAGGCCAUGGGAGCCUUCAUCGUUUUUGACGUCACACGGCCGUCAACUUUCGAGGCGGUGACGAAAUGGAAGGAGGAUCUCGAUGCCAAGCUGAAUUUAUCCAACGGCAAACACGUGGCGGCUGUGUUGCUCGCCAACAAGUGUGAUCAGGGCAGAGACGUUCUCACCAACAAUGGCAUCAAGAUGGAGCAGUUCUGCCAGGAGAACGGCUUCGUGGGAUGGUUUGAAACUUCAGCCAAGGAGAAUAUUAAUAUAGAUGAGGCAGCACACUGUCUGGUGAAGCACAUUAUAGCAAAUGAGAAUGAUCUGCUGCAGUCAGAGGUUACAGAAACCAUCUCGCCGCAGCAGGAGUCCAGCCGCGGAGGAACCUGCUCAGCGUGUUUCAGGUCCUGAAGUUGCACAUGGAUCUACAGCCAGAUCGAGAUCUGGAGUCCCAGAGGAACACUUCUCCAUUCAACCUCAUUCCCAUCUCGUUUCUUUCACGUCUUUUCCCAUUCUCGCCUCAUAUCGUUCUUCUCUUCUCAUCUCGUUCAUGUCUCCUCUCGUUUAUUUGUGUCCACACCGGAGAGGCGACCCUGCCACCGUGUCUCGGUUUCCAUGGUAACAGACUUAUCGAACACUCUGCAGGGCAGAAAAUGUUUUAAGAGAAAGAGACAGUGGUGAGAAUUCGUCCGCAGAACUUCACGAGAAGUUCCUGCUGAAUCAUCAGGACGCGAAAAAGACCCCAAAGACCGAUUCUGCAUUUUUACCAUCCAUUCAGUGAGGCUGUUUGAUGUUAUUAACAUUUUACUGCUGUUAAUUCAUAUUUUUAUUGGCCAUCAGAAAUCAGCUUAAUAAGCAAAACCAACAAAUUAAAAACAUUUCAUUCUUGCCCACUGAGCAGAGUGAAACUUCAUAUUUUCAAUAUUUUUUCAAGGCAGCCAAAGUCAAUGAAUACCAAUGAAUUAUGAAUGCUAGCCUUAAAAAUAUUCAUGAAUUUCAAUAUUUCUGGUGUGCGGAACACAUGCGGAACACAUGCGGAACACCGAUGAUUCUAAAAUGUUCUCAUUUAGAAUGUUUGAAACACUACAGUGCCAUCAACCGGCAACAUGUGCUCUUUUUAUUUAUCAAAAAUUGAUGUCAUGUAAAUAUCCCUGUACUUACCCAGUAUACAGCAAAACAGUUCAGAGUUUAAAGUAUUAAUAAACAUAAUCUUUACUUAA